AUGCUCGCCAUCUACACUCUUGACGGCGCAAUCAACGACUUCUUCAAUGAACACCCCCAAGUCACCCGCAAACAAUGUGAUGACCUCGCUGCUUCUUUGUUCGGCGAGCCCGUACAUCCUGUUCCCAUUCAAGGUUCCUACAGCUACACCGUCACUGCGGGAGCCGACCAAUCUUCCAUUGUCCACUUUCGAUCCCCAAAGUCAGAAUUAAAUGAGCAGGUCCGCAACAUGGCUAUAGGCAUUCAUGGACCGCUAGUUCCUUCUGCAUCCUGUCAUGGAACAAUUGGGGAGCUCCAAUCCCAGCUUUUCGUCUAUGCUUUGAACAAAAUUCCUGGCAGGGUUUACAUUGAAGCACAAUCACAGUAUCAAGUUGCGGUUGGUCCCACGUCGGAGUCUUCUCCGCAGCAUGCCAAUACCGUAGCUGACCUUGCAAGAUACUAUGCUCGUUCCUGGAACAAGAGACAGACUCUCUCCACUGAUACCCUUCAAGCUAUACACAAUAACUACCAACAAAAGUUUCAGCUUCUCUCAGAAAACCUCCCCCCUCGAUUCACCAGAAACUUGCGAUACGUGAUCAACGGUCUGCCACUGCUCUUCACAGAAAAGUACCCCCUGGUCCUCAACCACGGAGAAAUUAGUGCGUUGAAAAUCCUCACUGACCCCCCUACCGGUCAUAUCACUGGAAUUGUUGGCUGGUCUGAGGCCAAAGUCCUCCCAUUUGGCAUGGAUUUAUGGGGUCUCGAGAAUGUGCUGGGGUACAUGAACUCCACGGGCUGGCAUUAUCACAGCAAUCAUUUAGCCUUGCGAGACUUAUUUUGGGAGACGUUUCGAAAGGAAGCUAUUGAUGUGGGCUCAAAUAUAGAUGUUAUUGAUAUUGCGAGAAUGGCUGGCAUAUUUCUACGUUAUGGGUUGAGGAAGUUGAGUGGCGCGGGCGAAACGGUUGUGCUGGGCGCGGAGCACACGGCUUUUAGGUACAUCGAGGCAUUCUGUGCUGAUGAAGAGUGA